AGGAAGAAGCACAGAUCUACACCGAACUCCCAAGGAGAAGGAGCGAGAGAGAUACGCAACAGGGGGGAGUGAAGGAGAGAGAAUUCAGGGGAGGACGAAAACAUCAUCAUGGUUUCAAUCACAGCGACUCAGAAGAUUGGUGUUGGUCUCACAGGCUUCGGCCUCUUCUUUCUGCUCUUUGGCGUGCUGCUGUACUUUGACUCUGUCUUACUGGCAUUUGGGAAUGUUCUGUUUCUGGCUGGCCUGGCGUUCAUCAUUGACCCGAGAAGGACGGCAGGGUUCUUCUUCCAGAGACAGAAGCUCAGAGGCUCCACCUUCUUCCUCGGUGGCGUGGCCUUGGUGCUGUUCCGCUGGCCAAUCAUCGGCAUGGCUGUGGAGAGCUACGGCUUCGUGCUCCUGUUCAGGUCAUUCUUCCCUGUGGCGUUUGGAUUCAUUUUAUCGUUGGUUAAUAUCCCCUAUCUCAAUGUGGGAAACAGCUCCUCUAUGGUCUGAGAGAAUAGAAAGGUAGGGGAAGCUCUCUCUACAUGUCUCUCUCUCUCACUAUCUCUAUGCUUUCCCUUUCUUAUCUCCGUUACACAACAACUUCCCUAGGAAGUGGCCCUUCCAUGGUCUGAGGAAAGAGAAUGAGAGUGGAAGAGUUGAAUAGAGGCUGCAAAGAAGAGAGGAGGAAUGAAUGUGAUGGAUUAAAAAAGGAAAAGCUUAUGGGCUACAACCUUUGACAGAGACUGACAGAGAAGUGGUGGAGACGAGGUAGCUAAGAGCCUUGUCCAUCAACAAGUAUUAACCAAUGGACUUGAACUAUUCUUCUUAAAACGUUUAUAUAAAAAUGAUCUACCAGAGAAACCAUGUGUGGCAAUGAGUGUUUGCCAUUCCACCAAUGUAUUUAUAAUAAAACCAUGUUUUUGAUCUACACUUUAUUUUAAUGUAAACAUGUAAUCUAUUACUUUGUAGAUGACGGUGUACAUUUCGAAAGUUUUGGGUGAUGUCUGUAUUUCAUUUAGAAAUAGAUAUGCCUUCUAUUAUUCUAUUAUUCAGAAUGUCUCAUGAAUGUCAUAUUUUUGAGCGAAGGGAAAAGGACUAGUGCUAUUUUGUGACACCCUGACCCCCUUUUGUGCAGUUUAAAUACAAGAACAAGGACCAAUAUCGGGGAAAAUACAAUGGGUAUGAGGGUGCAUGUUCAUCAAACCACUUCUCCUUUGCAAUGUUCCAUUAUUUAGUUUAUUUUCUGGAUAAUCUUGACCUUCAACUCAAAUGCCCUACAUUGUGUGCUGGACAGGUUGGAAUAAAGUAAAGUAAUACUUUUAAAGAA